AUGCGAUGUAUGUGCCUUUUGUACACGGUGUUUUGGGUACUAGGCGGUGCGAUCGGCCAUGUCAUGGCAACACCUUCAACAGGAUAUGAGUCGGCGACGGCGGAAAGGUUGGAGGCGAGGAGAGAUGGCCACGGGGCCCUCGUCCGGCGACAGAAACGGGAUCCAUGUCCGGGGCAGAACAGCACGACACUCGAGCUGGCAUCAGGGCAGAAAUUCCAGGUCUUCUGCGGCUCCGACAUAACUGGGACACCACUCUUCCAGGCCAUGAGGCCCGACUUGAUGACCUGUGCCGACCUCUGCACGACAAUCCAUCCCAGGUGCGACGCAGCAACAUUUUCAAGCGACACAGGACAGUGUGCUCUCAAGGCAUUUCUGCCCACCAAUGCCUCAUCAGCAAUGACACCGAGUAACUUCGAUACGGUGAUACCCAUCCCCCGCGUGGCGAAGUCCAACUGCCCUUCUCUGAGGGGCAAUCAAGUCGUCGAGGGCAGCGGGUUCCAGAUGUUCUGCUCCAUGGUCAGCAACGGCAACGAUCUCGCGCAGGUAUUCGCAUCCGACUUCCAGACCUGCAUGGGCCUAUGCGUGGCGAACUCGCUGUGCAAUGGAAUCUCCUUUGAUCCAGCGCAGACGCAGGGGCUCAGGAAUUGUUACCUGAAGAAGUCACUCAAUGUAUCCGGUCUGAUACAGCUCGACGGCGUGGACUCUGCCCUCGCCAUCACCCGAUCGGCAAAUGCCGAAGCACAAGGGAAAGAUGGCGACGACGACGAUGACGAUGGCAAGGAUGGCAAUCGUGGUGAUGGUCGCACACGGCCAGGGCAAAACGACCGGGACGGCGUAGCGCCGACCGGUGUGAAAGCAUACCAGUCGAUUGACAUGGACACGAAGCCUUGGAUCAUUGCUAGCGCGGCGGGCUCUAGUGCUGUGGUUGUCUUCAUCGUGGUCAUGGUCUGUCUGCGGAGUCGGGAACGUGGAGCGCGUCGGCAGCGCGGGAAGGUCCUGGAUGAGGACUACUACGAGAAACCUCAACAACGACGGUCGAUGUCUGGAGGCGCCAGCCAGUGA